GUAGCUUAACCCUGCAUACACUGGGAGAGCACAGCUGCCUGUCCCCAGUGCUGGCGAAGCAAGUCAUCGACCAAACUUUCACUGCGUGCUGCUGCUCUCCUCAGAUGAUGGACCUUUGCAGACAUCGACACUAAACGCUGUGGCGCAGAUGAAUUCUAGCUCAUCAGGCUAUUUGUUAGCUGCACGUUAGCAUCGUAGCGGCCGCUCCGAAUAGCCUCAUUGAGUCCCGCUCGCAGACUGUAUGUCGUAGUGACCCCACAGAGAUCAGCAAAAUGACCUCCGCUUCCACUAAAGUUGGGGAAAUCUUCUCGGCUGCUGGAGCUGCCUUCACCAAACUAGGCGAGCUUACCAUGCAGCUUCAUCCGGUAGCAGACUCAAGUCCUGCGAGUGCUCAGACAAAGAGUACAGUGAAGAGGAAGCUCUACGAAGAAGGGCCUCUGCCCACCUCAUCUGACGGGGGUAAAAAGGUCAUCAAGAAAGCCACAGCUACGGUCGCCAUAGCAACACCGGGCACUCCAACCGUCAUGUCCGUUCCCACCGCCCAGGAUGUUGCGACAUCUGGAAUACAGAGACCUGCCUCCAGCCAGCUCCCCGCAAAGAAGCAGAAGACUGCAGAUGUGACACUUAGUGCCCUGAACGAUUCAGAUGUCAACAGUGAUCUUGUGGACAUUGAGGGACUGGGUGAGGGAUCCAACUCUAAGAAGCUCAACAACUUUGAUCAAGAUAACCUGAACUUGGACUCCAGCCUCAUCAUGAAUCCAAGUGACCUUCCCUUACUGUCCCGCUGACCUAUGGUAUCCUGUGGAUUUCAAAGAAGCAGUGGUCAAACCGAUGAAGAGCAAUUGUAAUGAACUAUGAGUUUUAGUUUAAGUCAGGGCAAACUGAUCAGUGACAGUGAAAAUAAUGUGGGGUCACUUUUAUUGAGUCUACCACAAAACACUACUCUGAAUGUAACAAAAAUGUGUUAGGAUAAUUUUUACUGUUAGACUCUUAUUUUUUUAGAUUUUGUUUGUAGUUUGUGGGUUAAACCAAACAAUAUAUGAACACCCUUUGUGUAAGUAAACAAGGUUCAAAAUUUUUACAUACUGUGUUUUUCUAAACAAUAAUCUGGAAGACUGAAUGCAGUUCAGCAGCAUUAACUGCAUCCACAAUUAAUUUAAUUAUUUUCUCUUUCAUCCACGUGUAGCUCCGUAGAAAAGCAAUGACUAGAAAACAGGUGUUAGUUAUAACAAUGUAAUUUAAUUUCAUUAGAAUAAAAGUCUAUUUAUUCAAGCAUUGUUUUCUAGGUCACAGUAUUGAUUGCUGUAGAAAAUGAACAAAAGAAUUUUGUUUCAGAUAAAACAUGUUUUUUGGGUGAUGCUACAGAUUUUAGACGAUAGUGAUCUAGUAACUAAUUACUUAGUAAGUAAUUAGCAGGUAAAGUAACCAAAACACAUUUGGAAACCAUUCUUUUGGUAUUUUAAAAUAUCUUUAUGGUCAUAUUAAAUAAAGCAAAAGUAGUUAAUAUUAAAAUGCCAAAUAACUUUCUGUGUUAGAUGAUUUUGUGUAAUAAUUAGAUUGUUAGUUUAUCAAAACAGGGGAGCUUGGCUAAAGUUAAAAAUACAGCUACUAGCUCUUCUUGGCCUUUCUGAUAAAAACAGUGGUGUUUGUUACUGAUCAGAUAAAGGUAACUCAAUUAAACCAAUGGGACACUUACUUAUUCAUUUAUUUAUUGUGAAAAACUGAUCCAAUAUUUAUGUGAGCUGGUAGUCCAGUUGAUCCCAGUGUAGAAAAGAAUCACACUUCUGUCAGUUUAUCGCCUUGCUGAUGUAAAUGAAGACCAACAUUAUCUUCACUGCUGCCAUCACUCAGUGCAGCCUGUGACACCAAGUCAGCGUGACGUUGAGCCUCCUCCAGUCUGUUGACAUGUCUCUGCACAUGUGGACCUGUCAUGUUUGAGGCUAAAACCUUCCCAUUGACACCUGUCUGGCAUAUGUGAUGGCAUAUUGCUGCAUCCAUAUUUCCUUCUGUCAUGACAGGCUCUCCAAUCCCUGCUGCAGGGAACCAUUUGCUCUCACCACCUUUAUUAUUGGAUGGUUUCUAACCUGACGAGCUCUUGUAUUAAAGUUAUGAGUCUGUUUAACCAUGUUAUCACCUGAAGCUGAAAGGUCUUAACGUCAUCACUUUGGACUGUGUACUUGAACAAUAACUAUUUUAACCAAUAGUCACAAUCUUUACAGAUACUGUAAAAAAUUAUAUAAAUGUGUACAUUUUAUUGUUUCUACUGUUUUAUACCAGAGAUGCAAUUAAAACAUUGUUUUUCCCAUUGAAAAAUAUUCUACAAGGUGACCUUUAGUUACAUGGUAUUUUUUUCUUUGGUGCAGACAAAAAUUUAGCUUCCAACAUUCAUCACCCUAUAGUAAAUAUAUUAGAACAGACAUUUUUUUUUAUUAUUACAAUGUUUGACAACACAUGACAAUGUUUCGGGUUUAAUGUAGAAGAUGGUUAAUACAGGGUGUUUCAUGCUACUAGUUUAAUUUACUAUUAAGACAUCAAAAAUAGACAAAAAUAAGACAUCCAAGUAGCAGAUAACCAUUUUUCAUAUACCUUUUAGUGUAUAUCUCCUACAUCUUAAAUAAAAAGACUUAUAUCCAAUGGUUACAACAUACAGCAAGUAAAAGAUUGCAAAUAUUCCUACAUAUGAAUGAAGAAGAGUGUGUGUCUGACGGAAGCAGCACAUAUCAAACUGGCAAUGCAGAGAAGUAAUACCAGUAAUGAUGUGCUGCUAUAGCCUGACACACUAACUGCUCGCCUCAACACA